GAGCCUUUCCGUUGUGAGAAUGAAGGCUGAUUCAACGUGCAGGAGAGGGCUGGAUAACAGGAUCCUUCCCUACUAGCUGGGAUGGCCCUUGACACAGUUGAGGAUACACACUUGAGUUGCAGAAGGAAACUUUGGAUCAGAGUGACAAGCAAUCUCAUUUUUUAAAACGCCCGGGGCGUAGAGAUCCUUCAUGGGCUUUUGGAAAGCUUAGGAAAGAGAGGUUAGCAAGACACACCUCUCAGAUGUUUUUGGAGUCCUAACCCUUGACACUAUUCCUACUGUUGCUGCUCUUCUAGCAUGUUGCAUCCUGCUUAGGUCUCCCCAAUACGUAUUUUGAGGGAACUUCAGAAGAAGAGAAGUGUAAGAGAUCAGAGUAGCAGGAGGAAUAGCUGCAAACGCCUUGCGACUGGGUGAAGAAGCAUGGGGUGUAAUCAACGUUGUGGCUUGCUGACUGUGGCAAUCAUUGGGGCAGUGCUAGCCAUCCUUGGAGGAGUUUUAAUCCCAGUUGGAAAUCAUUUUGUUCAGAAGACAAUAAAAAGGGAAGCUGUCAUCGAAAAGGGUACAAUUGCCUAUCAGAACUGGGUCAUUCCAGGGAGUCCCAUCUACCGACAGUUUUGGCUCUUUGAUGUACAGAACCCAGAGGAGGUGAUGCAGAAUGGGUCUGCUCCAGUCCUUAAGCAGAAAGGUCCUUACACUUACAGGAUGCGCUAUAAGCCCAAAGAAAACAUCACCGAAUAUUUCGACAACACCCUCUCAUACUUCCAGCCGAACAUCAUCCGUUUUGAACCCGAUCUGUCCAUCGGCUCAGAAAAUGACACUGUCACCACUGUCAACCUUGCCGUUGUGGCUGCACCAGCUUUGUUUAAAGCUGGACUUAUUCAAGCUUUGAUGGACAUCUGGAUGAAAUCUUCCAAAUCAUAUUUCCUCCAAACAAGAAGCGUGAAAGAAUUACUUUGGGGCUAUGAAGAUCCCUUCUUGAAGAAAAUCCCAAUGUCAAAAGUUCCCAAGGUUGUAGGAGUAUUCUACCCUUACAAUGAAACAUCUGAUGGUCCUUACCAAAUUUACAGUGGAAAAGGUGAUUUAACCAAGAAAGGAUCUAUCCUCACUUAUAAUAAUAGCAGGACCGUUCGAUACUGGCAAAGUUAUUGCGGUAUGGUGAAUGGCACGGAUGCAGCUUCAUUCCACCCUUUUGUGAAUAAGAGUGAAGAGCUGCGUUUCUUUUCCUCUGACAUUUGCAGGUCAAUCUCCGCAAAAUUUGAAAGCGAGCAGAUAGUGAAAGACAUUCCCCUUUACCGCUUCGUUAUCCCUCCAUCGGCUUUUGCAUCGCCCAUUACUAAUCCUGACAACGUUUGCUUCUGCACCGAUAUCAGCAUAAGCGAGAACUGUACAUUAGGUGGAAUGUUGGAUAUCAGCUCCUGCAAAGCAGGUAAACCAGUCUACAUCUCGUUGCCCCAUUUCCUGCAUGCGAGUAAGGAAUUUUUUCAGUUUGUUAAGGGAUUGAAGCCAGAUAAGGAAGAACACAAAACCUUUCUGGAUGUAGAACCAAUCACAGGAUUUACCUUGCACUUUGCCAAAAGGCUGCAGAUUAAUCUAUUGGUGAAACCAAACCCAAAAAUCACAGCACUAAGAAAAAUUAAGCAUCACUUCAUCUUUCCUAUUUUGUGGCUGAACGAGACCGCUAUUAUUGGUGAUGAGAAAGCAGACAUUUUCCGAUCCAAAGUGACCAACAAGAUCAAACUGCUGAACUUCCUUCAGCUGACACUAAUGAUCAUCGGAUCUGUGAUCUUUCUGGGAUUCCUAGUUGCUUUCUUCCUAUGCAAAGGAAAGAGCCCCAAAUAAAAAGAUGCUGCUGGUGAAAGCAUCCAUUUCUUCCAAUUCCCAGCGGAAAGUAGACUUGCCUUCCUGGUGUUGGUGUUGGUUGUGCUCUGUAUAUGUAAAUAUCCUGGGGAAGAUGCCUGCAAUACAGCGGUGACAGAUAAAGUCACUUUUUCUAACCAGAACUCCACUGACAUUCAGAUGCCCUAUUUUCACCUCAUCAGAAAGACUGGCAUGAAACCUGAACUUCUGGGUCUCUCUGAAGAAAAUCCCAUUUUCGCCCACUUCAGAAUGAAACUCCAAUUUGGACUGAAGUUUGUUCUGCCAAUUCUGCAGCUUGACUGCCGUUUCCUCUGGGUUUGUUUGUUUUUUUACACCUUGGGCGUUGAAGAACGAGAACUGAAGUUACAAAGUUACACAACUGAGUGGCUGGGCUGGAAAAGGAUGAUGAUUAUUUUUUGCCUCCCAGCCCUCUGAAGAAAAGAGCCCUGUUGUGUUUGUCUUCAAAAGCUGUGACUUCUUUUUUUGAAGAAGAAGAAGAAGAGGAAGAAAGACCAACAAUUGUAGAAUAUUAAUUGCUAGUAAAAGACUUAC